GCCCCACGGGCUUUUGUCCAGGAUAAAGGGUGCCCCCCCGAGUUCUUGCCAACAGCGUACAUCCUUGUCAAUUUGCCAACCAUUUCUUAGGAGCGGAGGCUGCCCGCAGACUGAACCUCAAGGGUUUCUAGCUUGCACCUGUGGGGCCGGCGGGUCCUGCGGCGCACGUGCGGCGGAUACCCCCUCCCCCUUGGGAGGCGGGGUCGUGCUCAGAGCCAAUGAGAGCUUUGGGGGAUGGAGGGGUUGGGAAGCUUCCAGAUGCAGAUAGGUUAUAUAGGAGGCACCAGCGGACCAACCCGAGAGCCAUGCAGUCCAAGCGCGAGUGUGAGGUAAGUGUUUGUCAAUGAGGGUGUGGACAAGCCCCACCAGCACAGGCAAUGGGGGUUCAUGGGGCCCCAGCACUGCAGGCGAGGUGGGGGCGGGCGCAGCGAUCCGCGCUUCCAACCUGCCCUUUCCCCCUCAGCUGUGGUGUGAGAGGGUGAAUCCAGAGAACAAGGCGGCACUGGAGGCGUGGGUCAGGGAGACUGGCAUCCGUCUCGUGCAAGUGAACGGGCAGAGGAAGUAUGGCGGGCCACCCCCAGGCUGGGUGGGAAGCCCGCCACCUCCCGGGUCGGAGGUGUUUAUCGGGCGGCUGCCCCAGGAUGUGUACGAGCACCAGCUGAUCCCACUGUUCCAGAGAGUGGGCCGUCUCUACGAGUUCCGCCUGAUGAUGACCUUCAGCGGCCUGAACCGCGGCUUCGCCUACGCCCGCUACAGCUCGCGGCGCGGCGCCCAGGCCGCCAUCGCCACGCUGCACAAUCACCUGCUGCGGCCCUCCUGCCCGCUGCUCGUGUGCCGCAGUACCGAAAAGUGUGAGCUGAGUGUGGACGGGCUGCCGCCGGCUCUGAGCCACCGCGCGCUAAUGCUCGCGCUGCAGCCGCUGGGUCCCGGCCUGCAGGAGGCGCUGCUGCUGCCCAGUCCCGGGCCGGCUCUCGCACAGAUCGCGCUGCUCAAGUUCAGCUCGCACCGCGCUGCCGCUAUGGCCAAAAAGGCCCUGAUGGAAGGGCAGUCACACCUGUGUGGAGAGCAGGUGGCAGUGGAGUGGCUCAAGCCAGACCUCAAGCAGCGACUCCGCCAGCAGCUUGUGGGUCCUUCACUGAGGUGGCUACAGCCAGAGGGCAGCCAACUGUCCCUGGCCAGGGACAAGCUUGAAUCCCAAGGGGCUCGGGCUGCCCUGCAGCUGCUGUGCCAACGGAUGAAGCUGGGUAGCCCAGUGUUCCUCACUAAGUGCUUGGGCACAGGCCCUUCUGGCUGGCACCACUUCUGGUACCAGGUGGUGAUCCCUGGUCAUCCAGUGCCCUUCAGUGGCCUCAUCUGGGUUGUGCUGGCCUCUGAUGGGCAGGAUGGGCAUGAGGUGGCCAAAGAUGCUGUGUCUGCACGGCUGCUGGAGGCAUUGAGUGAGUCUGGGGCCAGGCUCCUGUGGUCUGCUGGGGCUGAGGCAGUUACCAUGGUUAAGUAGUUGACCCCAUCCUCUCCACAGGCAGCCUAGGCGAGUAGGAAGAGCCUGUGUCCCCAACCCAGCAGGCCUGGGCAGCCACCAUCUGAUCCCAAACAGGGUGGGAGCAUGGGCUCUGCCCUAUGCCUAACAGCCUCCCAGCUGGAGCACAGCCCCAGCGCACCAGGGGGCAGCUCAGGUUUGGCUAAGUUGUGAGGGACCUUGCUGUCCCUCUCCCAGCUCAGUUUCACCUGACCCCAUGGUUUUCUUGGUCUUUCUGUGUGACACACACACACACACAC